AUGCAGCGCAAGAGGGAGGGGGGCAUGGCGAGGGCAGGAGGACGAGGACGAGGGCGGAGGGGGAAGAGGGGAGGAACAUGUUUCGACUGGGCGCAGUGGUUGACGAGGGCAGGAUCGACGAGUGAGGCUAGGGCGCCGGCGACUGGGACUGGGACUGGGACUGGGACUGGGACGAGGAGCAUCACAAGACAGGAUCGACCACAGGCGAGCGCAUCCCUGCGUCUCGGCGGGAACUUGCAGCAUGGCAGCAGAGAUGAGAGCACUCCAGCACACAUGGCCUGCUCAUCAUGCUACUGCUGCCAUGCACGCCGUCAUGACGACAUGCUUGAGGCCGGCAAAGUUCGACGUUUGUUUGAUGAUUUGGCAGCAGUAGGCGGCAUGCAGGCGCGCUUCAGCAGGCGAGAGCCCCAUGCUCGCAUGCUCCAUGCUCCAUGCUCCAUGCUCCAUGCUCCAUGCUCUCUUAUGGACCGGUCGCUCCCACGGCGCGCGCUGCGGGCAAAUGCUGUGCGGCGCGUUGUCACUGUUGCGCGCCAAGCCCAGCCUGGUGAAGGGGAAGAGGUGGUCGACAUGCAAGCCUGCGACAUUUGGCCGCCGUGGGCCCGCCCGACGGGACUGCGUCUUCUGCCUCGCCUUGUUGCCGACGAGGGAGCAGCAGCGGCAGACCAGACAGCAUCACGACAAGACAUGUGCUGCUGCUGGCGGCCCUGGGCUCGUGCAGACGUCGUCGGGCGGUGCAGCGCAGCCAGAAACACGACAAUGCCCUGCAGCAUGGCUGCACAGGCGCCUGCAGAUCCACCAUGGGCGAUCCGUAACUAUGGCGGACAGGGUAUUUGCAGCCCCACCCUGACCAGAUCGGAAAUCGGAUACUUCGCGAGCACAUGGUCGCUGACACUGCCAGCCCACCGCCCACACAUGUCUGCUACUCGUCAGCACGCCCUCGCCCUCGUCCGGCCUGCAGCAGCCACACCCACUGCUCAGGCACCCACCAUUGUUUUGUCCUCUAGUUUCAACACCCUGGCAGAGCCCAUCUCCAGCCUGCGCCGGCGUGGCUUGGGCAACUCUUCCUUUUGGCCCUAA